ACCACAACAUCACGAAACCGGCCGUAGCUCUGAGAAACCCUUAAAAAUUACCUCACAACAAGCCAAACUUUACCAAAAACUUGUAAUCUCUCAUUAAAAUAAUCCCUCUUCACCAUUGACCAGAUCUCUUUAUAUGUGCCCUUAUAUUCCAUCCCCAGAUUAAAAUCAUAACACAACUAUGCUUCACCACUCCUCAAUAACAUUCUCACCACUCACACCUUUUCCCUCUCACCGCACCAACAUGGAUCAAUUCUCACACAUUCCCACUGAAAGAUCGCCCAGGAGAGAACUACAACUCCAAGGUCCACGCCCCACACCGCUCAGAAUAAACAAAGACUCUCAUAAAAUCAAGAAACCACCCUUGCCACCACAACCUUCCCACCCCCAACCACCACCGCGUCAACCCAUAAUAAUCUACACCGUUUCCCCCAAGGUUAUCCACACCACACCAAGUGACUUCAUGAACCUCGUUCAACGCCUCACUGGCUCCACUUCCUCCUCCUCCAACAACAACAACAACUCCGACCCUCUUCCCAACAUCAUUAACAACGACCCUUUUAACACCGGCGGCGGAAUGGUGUCACCGGCGGCGCGUUACGCCACCGUGGAGAAGGCCUUGUCCCCUAUGGGGAAGAAACCGGUGAUGGGUCACGGGGAUAUGAAUAUCAUAAACGAUGUGGAAGGGAUAGAGAUCAUUGGUGAUGGGGUAGUGGAGAGAUCGCAACAAAACAUGUUUCAAGGGAUUUUGUCUCCGGGGCCUGCUUCACUCUCUCCCAUUCCUUCAAAUUUUUUCUCUCCUCCGUCUUCGGAUCCAUCCAUGGUUAGCUUCCUUCACGAUUUGAGUCCCGCGUUUCAAAGUGGAAGAAAUUUUACGGAGGGUACUGGUGCCUUCGUCUUGCCAAGCCCUUCUUCAAACUUCAGCUUUGUUUCACCUCAUACUCCUUCCAUAGACCUGUUCAACUAUUUCUUAGAUUAGUUAGGAUCUUCUUCUUAUUGUUGAAUUUAGUGUUCAAUUUCGUUCAUACAGAAGACUGGAUCGAAUCCAAACCGAGAUCGAUAGGGAUUGGUUUGUGGAGUUAUUGUCUAGUUCGAAAAGAGGGGGCAAAGUUGAAUUUUGUUGCUCUCUCGGUCACUGCAUAGCUGCAGCAAUUUGGAAACUUCUUUGUUGGAUUUCUUUUUCCUUUUUCUUUUGAGCAGUUUGUGCUCGAAUUUCUUAUGACCUACGCCGUUGACAUCAUUCUUUGGCAUGUAUUGUACAUUGCGUUUAGUUUAGUUUGCUGAUGUUUGUCGGCACUAAAUAUAUUCAAUCCCAUUAUUCUUUGUAUGAUCAGAA